AUGCAUGCAAUCCUUAACGCUGCAAGAUCAUCUCCAAGGGCAUGGUUCCUUAAAUACUCUCUUGAUCCUGCUCCCCCAAUCAAUGUUGUGGACCCUGGAACCUACCCACCAGUCCAGCCAUUGUACUUAACAACAAUGUUGAGUGCUUUAUCUUUGGCACAUGUCCAGGACAUGGCCAUGAACACAUCAGGUUGCUUCGGAUAUGGUGAUUGCAAUGGCACUUUGUAUGAUACCAGAGUGUCAAAGUUUGUUACGAAUCAGUGCAUUGGUACUUUGAGGAACGAGACUGUUGGUGCUGCCACCGAAGACCCAGUCUUCAUGGAGUUCAUGUGGGUGUGUGGCGAUCCAGAGGGCAACUGUGUGGCUGACUCUGAGCCCUCUGCCAAGUUCAGAAAGGUAUUGUUCAACCCUGGCUUUACCGCAAUGGGCGUAGCCUAUGCCUAUGGUAACAACAGUAUGUACAAAUCAUAUUGGACACAAGACUUUAUGUCGACAACCUGUCCAAGUGAGACAUCUCCAAUCUAUGGUGGCUCUCACUUCUACGAUUCAAAUGGCAAGAACUUAAUCUACAUUGCCAACUGGGCUAACACGGCCGCACCUACCUCUGCCAAGCUGUACACUCAGUUUGGUCCCACUGGUGAUGUGAUCUCGGAGGAUUUGUCCCUCUGGGUGGGUACUAGCACUCUUGGAACCUACGUCUUCAACAUAUCGACAUCAAUCGCAGUGAAGGCCUGCACGAGAUACGUGUUCGUGUUCAAGGUGGGUACUACUGUGUACCGUUACCCUCAAACUGGAUCACUCUCUGUAAUCACAAGCUAUGAAAACUUGGAUGAAUGCCCCAACUGGACAUCCCAAGAGAUCAAUACUGGAUCCACAACAUCCACGACCUCAACAACCUCAACUACUACCUCAGGCCCCACUGAUACAGAUACCACACCUACAACUGAGAUGCCAUCAACUACCUCUACUACCUCUACCUCAACAUCCACUACAUCAUCGAACCCAACUACCUCUACUUCGUCGACAUCAACAUCACCCUCGACUUCCACUUCCACUUCAACAACAUCCGCCAAUCCAACUACAACCACAACUACUUCGACCGCCUCCACUACUGCCAAGCCAACAACCAGUACUACUACUACUACUUCAAGUACUACAACAGGUGCACCUUCAUUAGGUACCACUAUGUCAGUUCCUAUUGUACUUGUUCUUACAACUAUUAUUGUGACAAUACUAUCAUUCAUUCUUCUCUAA